AAUGGAAUUGGGAAUUUGCAAAUUAUCUUAAAAAGAUCAAAAAGCUAGUGGAUGCGAUUAAAAUGAAUCAUCAAAUUAGUUCUGGUUCACCCCAGUUACUGGUAACAUAAAAAAACCCACCGAUCUGGCAACACCGCUUCGCAACCACAUCAAAACACAGUUCUGAUUUCAACUGCAUAUCUAAAAAAAUGAUAGAAAUAACGUGCAAUGACCGUCUUGGCAAAAAGGUCCGCGUCAAGUGUAAUCCGGACGACACAAUCGGCGACCUGAAGAAACUCAUUGCGGCUCAAACUGGCACCAAGCAUGAAAAGAUUGUAUUGAAGAAAUGGUACACAAUCUACAAGGAUCCCAUCCGCCUAUCCGACUAUGAAAUCCACGAUGGCAUGAAUUUGGAACUGUACUACCAGUAAACCUGCGUCCUGUCAAUUGCAGUGUUCUGUUGUUUAGUUCUUUUGUAGACAUUUUUUAAUAAACAAUUUUUGAAUAAAUAAGAAUAAGAAAAAUAAAA